AUGCAGUGUGCCUACGAAGACACACUCGAUUACUUCUUGACGUUGAAAACCGAGUGCGAAGCCGCUGCAGAGUCAACUCAAGCGAUUAGAACGGUGGAGGGAAACGCAUCCGGUUCAGACUUACGUCCGGCAAAGCUGCCGAAGUUGGACCUACCAACGUUUUCCGGUCGUUAUGAGGAUUGGGAUAGCUUCUGUGAUCUUUUCACGACCCUUGUACACGAUGCUCCGCGCGUAGCCGAUGCGACAAAAUUGCAGUAUCUAAAAUCUUGCCUCAAGGGUGUAGCUGCUGACUUAGUUAAGGACGUGGCCUCGACUAGCGCGAACUAUGCCUCAACCUGGCUGGCUUUGAAGGCGCGUUUUCACAACCCGCGGCUAACGGUUACCAACCAUUUGAACGCGCUUUUGAAAAUGAAUUCGUUGAAAAGGGAAUCGGCCGACGAGUUGCGCUCGUUCGCUGACGAGGCUCAGAGGAUCGUUCGCGCACUGCGGAAUCUGCAAAUGCCUGUUGAUCAUUGGGACAUCUGGUUUGUGCACGUUUUGGCCUCGCGGUUAGAUCCGGAAUCGAGAAAGGAUUGGGAGUCAGAAUUGAGCGCGAGAGAUCGUGAGGUAAUUGCACGUACGGAUACAGGCGCCAAAGAGCCCGAUCCGCUAGCUAGAUUUCCGAAAUUUUCUGAGUUGGCCGAAUUCCUGGAAAGGCGUGCUCAAGCUCUAAGUAUGAUGAGUGCUGGGGAUUGUAAACGGGCAAAUCCGAUGUUUAAACCGACGCAGGGCUCGCGGAAAAUAUUUCAUGCAAGUACGCUACCGCGGACUAACAGUAAGGUUGCUUCGUUUAAUUGUACUCUCUGUUCAGGACCACAUUUUAUUUCUAAAUGUCCAAAGUUUCUCGCGAAGUCGUCUAGUGAUCGCCGCGCUGAGGUGCGCCGCUUGUAUCUUUGCUUUAAUUGCAUGGGCCGCCAUAAGUUUAAAUCCUGCACAUCUAACGGUCGUUGCCGCACCUGUCAAGGCAGGCACCAUUCACUGUUGCAUUUCGACCCAUCGCAGACACCUCAGCCUUUUACCAGCGGUUUGGAAAUUAAACCUCGCGACGAAAAACCUGCAUCCACGGUGCCAGGGGUUAACGUACACACCGCGAGUUUAUCGACCAUUAAAAACCCGGUCAUUUUAGCUACCGCACAGGUUAACGUCGUAGGCCCUCAGGGAACACGCACGCGAGUUCGCGCGCUUUUAGAUCAGGGAGCUGAGGCCUCAUUUAUCUCGGAAGCAAUUGUGCAGCUACUCGCGCUUCCAAAGCAACAUGUCCAAAUUCCUUUAACGGGUCUUGGAAGCAGUGCAGCCGGCACUGCGAGAUUCUCUGUCAAGUUUGCAGUGCAGUCGUUAGUUAGCUCUGAAUUUAAAAUCGAGGCCGAGGCUUUAGUUCUUCCUCGGCUUACCUCCCAAUUACCGACUCGCCGUCUAAUAGAGAUCGACCUUGAGCAGUUUGGGGAGCUACCACUAGCCGAUCCUCAUUUUAACAUUCCUGAUUCGGUAGACCUUAUUUUGGGAGCCGAUAUGUACGGUCAACUCCUCCGACCAGGUUUGCAACAUCUGACUGGAUCCCGGUUAGUUGCACAAAACACCGUGCUUGGGUGGGUCAUUUCGGGCUCCGCGCAGUCGAGUUCUUCACGGCGGGCGGAGAGCUCCCAUCAAGAGCCUCUAAGGGCUUUACAUUGUGCUUCAGAGGAUAAUUUAAACGAGUGUUUGCAACAAUUCUGGAGGCUCGAGGAAUUACCGCCUUCUGUCCGUAUCUUGGAACCCGAAGACGAAGCUUGCGAGAAUCAAUUCGUCGCUACUCAUUCGCGAAACGCCGGUGGGCGUUAUGUCGUACAACUUCCCUUGAAAUCAGAUCUCCCAAGGGUUUCCGCGGAGACACGACGUAUGGCCAUGGGUUCGCUCGCGCAUACUCACCGGAAAUUCACACGUGAUCCUAAAUUGGCUUCCGCGUAUCGAGAAUUCAUGCGUACCUAUGAGGCAUUAGGGCACAUGACACGCGUUCCUGCAGAUGAGAGUGUCAAUUCGCGUUCAUGGUACUUGCCUCACCAUGCGGUCGUACAGUCCACACCUGCGCAAUAUAAGGUUCGAGUCGUUUUCGACGCUUCGCGACGGACGCAUGACCAGUAUCGUCUAAAUGAUUUUCUCAUGUCUGGUCCUCCCCUUCAGCAGGAUCUUUCGUUGGUCCUUUUAAAUUGGCGUCGAUACAAGUAUGUUUUUACCGCGGACAUUGUAAAAAUGUUUCGGCAAAUUCUCGUCGUGCCUCGUGAUCAGGAGCUCCAGAGAAUUGUAUGGGCACCUAGCCCUGAAGAACCUCCCGUAGAAUAUCGGUUGACUACAGUCACCUAUGGCACCGCUUGUGCUCCAUACUUGGCAAUACGCACGCUUGCACAAUUAGCAGUAGAUGAGAAACCUCGCUUUCCGCUGGGUUCGCGCUGUUUGGAAUCAAACGUAUACGUGGACGAUAUGUUCAUUGGAGCGGACGAACUGCCGCUUGCCAUUCGCAAACGUACGGAAUUGGUCCAGAUCUUAGGGACUGCCGGUAUUGAGUUAGACAAAUGGGCGGCAAAUCAUCCAGACAUCCUUCCAGCGCAUAAGCGUCCGAUCGCAAACGAUUUGGUUAGGGAUAUUGUGCAGGAUGAAUCUGUAAAGACGUUAGGGGUGCACUGGAAACCGACUCAGGAUGAGUUCAGUUUUAGCGUUACGAAUGCAAAUAGUUUACCUGGGGUUUUGACCAAGCGAGCCGUACUCUCAAAUAUUGCUCGACUAUUUGAUCCGUUAGGCUGGUUAUCCCCAAUUACGAUAACAGCUAAAAUUCUUAUGCAGGAUUUGUGGAUUCUUAAGUGUGAUUGGGACUCUCCCCUGCCGGCUGAGGCUCGCGAGCGGUGGAUUGAUUAUUGCCGUUCACUUUCCUCGCUUCCUACCUUAACAAUCAGCCGUUGGUUUGGAUCGCCUUCUGAGUCAGCUGGUCAAAUUCACGGGUUUUCUGACGCGUCUUCUAGAGCUUAUGCGGCGGUAAUAUAUCUUCGCACAGACGAAGGCGACGGUCACGUUCGUGUCUCACUCUUAGCCGCAAAAACAAAGGUCGCACCGGUGAAAACAGUAAGCAUUCCCAAUCUCGAGUUGUGCGGAGCUUUACUUCUAGUCAGACUUGUUUGUCAUUUGAGAAAAUUAGACUUCCUUAAAAGGCACCCAGUUUUUCUGUGGUCAGAUAGCCGAGUGGUCCUUGCGUGGUUGAGCAAGCAUCCUUGUCACUGGAAAACGUUCGUAGCGAACCGGGUCUCUUUAAUACAAACGGAACUACCUUCCGCCACAUGGGCUCACGUUCCCACUAAACAAAAUCCAGCGGACUGCGCUACCCGCGGUUUGCGUCCGUCUGAACUAUGCGAGACGAGUUUAUGGUGGUAUGGGCCCUCUUGGCUGGCCCUACAACCCGAACACUGGCCCCAGCCGUCAGAGACCACACAGGUCCUCCACGCAGAGGCGAAACCGCCGGAACCGGAUAUUCUUUUGCGAUACUCCAGCCUGACUAGGUUAAUACGUGUCGUAGCCUACUGUUUAAGACCCGUGAAACACUUGCGGGGACGUAAGGGUGGGUUGAACCCUUUGCCAACCUAUCUGACCACUUCGGAGCUCUUGGACGCUCGCUCAGCGGUUAUACGCAUAGCACAAGCGCAUGCUUUCGCGACCGAAAUAGAGAUGUUGAAGAGUGGGAAGCCUUUACCUAAAUCUAGCGCGUUGAGAAAGUUAAACCCGCUCUUAGACAAAGAAGACGGUGUUUUGCGUGUAGGAGGACGUCUUUCGCGGUCGAAUUUAACUAGCGAGCGCAAACAUCCCCCGAUUUUACCGCGACGUUCUGGCCUCAGUCGUUUAUUCGUGCGAUACGCGCACAACGCCGCUUUUCACGGCGGUCCUACAUUAACGUCGAGUGUCCUAUUACGAUACGCGUGGAUUGUAGGCAGGAAUUCUUUAAUUAAAACUGCGAUUCGGAACUGUCUCACCUGCCAGCGUGUAAAACCGCGUUUAGCUCAUCAGCUGAUGGGCGACCUCCCUGCGGCGCGGGUGACUCCAGCACGUCCGUUCACCACGACUGGCCUAGAUUAUGCCGGACCUUUCCAUAUCCGCACGACAAAGGGCCGAGGACAUCGCGCCUACAAAGGAUAUAUCGCCCUUUUUGUCUGUUUCGCGACACGGGCAAUUCACUUAGAAGUAGUCAGUGACCUCACUGCAUCUACAUUCAUUGCUGCUUAUCGACGCUUUGUAAGCAGAAGAGGAAUCUGUCAUCGUCUCUACAGUGACAACGCCACGACGUUUAGAGGAGCAGAUACCGAGUUGCAGGCGAUGUUCAAGGAGGCAUCAGAAUUUUACCAAACGGUCGCUUCGACGCUAGCGAAUGAUGGAACUGCUUGGAGCUUUAUACCACCUACCACCCCGCAUUACGGUGGCCUCUGGGAGGCUGGAGUCAAAUCGGUGAAACAUCAUCUGAGGCGAAUGGUCGGCGAGCACACUCUGACCUUCGAGGAAUUCUCCACUGUUUUGACAGAAAUUGAGGCGUGCCUCAACUCUCGCCCGUUGUGCCCUCUGACAUCGGAUACCGACGAUUUAAACAUCCUAACACCAGCACACUUUCUGAUAGGCACGGCGUCUGCCUUAGUCCCGGAUGCGGAACCAGAAUCGGUGCCUGAAAAUCGCUUAAACCGAUUUCAGCUGCUACAGCGAAUUCGUAACCAAUUUUGGAAACGUUGGUCCGACGAAUAUUUGCAACACCUACAGGAAAGAGGCAAGUGGCGGGAUCCAACGGAGAACUUCGCCGUGGGUCAACUUGUGCUCAUGAGAGAUGAGCGCUACCCUCCUACAAAAUGGCCCCUAGGACGAGUGAUAGAGGUACAUACUGGAUCGGACGGACUAGUGAGGGUUGUCACUGUGAAGACGGCCACCAACACCUUUCGUCGACAUAUCGCGCGCUUGUGUCCAUUGUUAUUGGAAUCGGAGGAGACACAGCGAUUAUCAGAAUGA